UCGGACGACUGUCCUGACCGUGGACAACUCGCUGUCGCUGGCCAGGUUCCUGUUUACGAUGCCAAUGGAACCUCGCGACUCUUCAGCACUUUCUUCACAGGUCUGGAUGCCAUUGGCGACAGACAGUUCAUCAUCUUUGUGCGACACUUCUUCUGCGGCGCCUGUCAAGCUUACAUGAAGGCCAUUGCCGAGGCCAUCACCAUGCAGGCUUACUACACCAUGGCCGUUCCCACAAACAUCAUCGUCAUUGGCUGUGGCUCACCAUCCAUGAUUCCCUUCUACAAGCAAGCCACUGGCUGUCCCUUCCCCAUCUUCGCCGACCCUUCGCGCAAACUCUACAAGGCUCUAGGCAUGACCCUCACCCUGAACCUAGCCGGACCGAAGAGACCAGAAUACAUGAAGGACAUCUCUUUCAACCAAUGGCAACUGAAACAAUGGACCAACAUGGCCAAGGCAAAGGGUACCACCAAAUUCAAGGGUGGUAACUUGCUCCAGAUUGGCGGCGAGUUCUUGUUUCAAGACGGCCAGGUCGUCUGGUGCCAUCGCAUGAAGAAUAUGCGUGGCCACGCCGAGGUCUCUGUCGUCAAGCGCAUCUUGGAGCUGGAA